AUGGUGUCAACAUCAGACUGCAUUGUGAAAUCUAAACCCAUCGCUGCAAACAAGGUAUCCAAACCACUCAUGGAGAAGAAACGAAGAGCCCGCAUAAACAAGUGCUUGGACCAGUUAAAAUCUCUCCUGGAGAGCUACUACGCCAACAGUAUUCGCAAGCGCAAACUGGAGAAGGCCGACAUUCUGGAGCUCACGGUGAAACAUCUGAGGAACCUCCAGAAGACUCAAAGCUGCCCUUCCUCAGCUUCUGAGCUUCCCGACUACCAUGCAGGCUUCCGCAGUUGCCUGGCAAGCGUCAACCAGUACUUGCGGAUGGCAGACAACAUGAGUGGGAGCGACCGCUGGAUGUUAUCUCAGCUCUCCAACAAGCUGUGCUGCUCUCGCGGGCCUGGUGAGGUUUCCAGCACCUCGGACAGCGAUCUGAGCAAGACGCAAGAGGCGGCGAUGCAGCGACUUCAGCCAUCCUCAGCUGCACCAGAGGGGAGAAAAACACCGAAAACCAAAUCCUGCGCGCUCAAACCUCCCUGUGGAAGCACAGGCCGCACGUGCCUUUCUCUACCGACUCAAGUUAAAGAGGAGCUGCAGACUUCCGGACCCAAACGAGCCCUCCUUGCUGCGAUUCCGACACAAAACACGUUAAAAAUAAGUUGCAGUGCGGGUCACAGCAGCAAGUUUCACUCUGUCACCCUGUGCAGGAAUGAAGUCGUCACCACUCAGCAGAGCGUUUGGCGGCCUUGGUAG